AAAUCCCAAUUCUUAUGUUCGUAACCUUCACGAGUUCAUCUAUUUAUCUGUUUAGAUUUCCAUUAAUGACAAGAGCUCUCGGCAGAGACGAUAAAAUUCAGAAUCGGCCCUCUUCGAAGCCUUGAAGAUGCCCGUUGUUCUUCUUCAAACUUAAACUAGUAGAGAUAUAUGAUGAUGGCCUCUUAUGUCGAAACCGGUUGCUUCAAAGUUAUUUCCCUCUCCAUCCCUUCGCUUUGCCCUUGCCAGUAUGGCCCGUCAUCGAAGACACUAGCAUUUGCUCAAUCCCCCUCGAAACUGAAACUAAGAUUAAUUUGUGAUGGAAACAGAGCCCUCGUUCGGGUUCCUUGGGACCGGAGGCUUGGUAGUGUGUACGGAGCAUGUCGGACACUUGCGGCUGUAUCCAGAGCUGAAACUAAUCAGGUGGACGAAGGAGAAGCCAAAGAAUUAUCUCCGGAAGUCGACAAAGGCCCUAAUUCGGGAAAUAUGGAUAAUAACGUGGUAGUUUCUGAGCCUCUGCAGAAGAGAGGUAGUCAGUUGAAGAAAAGGAUCGUUUUUGGGAUUGGGAUCGGAGUUUGCGCCGGUGGGGUUGUGUUAGCAGGGGGUUGGGUUUUCACGGUUGCCCUGGCUGCUGCUGCUUUCGUUGGUGCACGUGAGUAUUUUGAACUGGUCAGAAGUCGCGGAAUUGCCGAGGGGAUGACACCCCCUCCACGAUAUGUUUCACGGGUUUGCUCUGUUAUCUGUACGCUUAUGCCAAUAUUGACAUUGUAUUUUGGUCAAAUAGAUGUUUCUGUGACUUCAGCUGCUUUUGUGGUUGCGAUGGCAUUGCUUUUACAGAGGGGAAACCCUCGUUUUGCUCAGCUGAGUAGUGCCAUCUUUGGGUUAUUCUAUUGUGGUUAUCUUCCAUGUUUCUGGGUUAAACUUCGGUGUGGUUUAGUAGUUCCAGCAUUAAAUAGCAGUAAGUUAUUAUGCACCCUACUCCACCCCAACCUUGUGCAUCGUUUUCAUAUUAAGUAACUCAAAUACUCUCUG